UCGGUCGCGUAACUGAUCACGACAAGGACGUUGUCAGUCAAUAGAUUAGUAAAAACAACAAUGUGUAAAGUUUACAAAAAUUAAAAUAAUAAAAUAAAAUUAAUAACAAAUAAAACGUUACUAAAACAAAAGAAAUAAAACAAAAAUAAACGAAUAAUUAAAAAAGCUAUAAUAAAAAUAAAUAAUAGCAGAAAAGUUUACAAUAAAAAAUAAAUUAAAAAAAAAUACAUACACAUAAAAGUAAAAAAGAUUUAAGUGAAUGCUUUUGAUUAUGAUAAUAAUAUUCGGACAAGUUGUGGUUUACUUAAGAGUGUGACCGUCGCUAAUACCGCGUUUGCGAUCGAUUUUCUUUUAGUGAAUCAUACCCGCGAUCUAGCCACACGCAAAUAUUGUUUUGACGUAUAUUUCGUGGAAUCCCUAGUACAACUAUGUGAAUCAUAAUUUCAGUCUGCAUUUACAAACAAUAUUUUUUCAUUCACAAUCGUAAUUUAAUCGCUUGAAAGAGAGAAAAUAAAAUAAACAAUUUUUAAUUUACCGGCCGGUGACUUGGCUUAUUAUAUGUUUAAUUUUUUAUAAUUCUACGAGUGUUUAAGCCAAAAAUAAUUGUAUUCAUUUUAUAUUGAUAAUGUUAGCGUUUCAAAUAGUUAAGGCACGAAAUAUCUUGUGGUUUUUCCUAGAACGCUUAAGAACUUAAGACUUUUAGGUCUCCAACGUGUCGUAGUGUCGUCAAGCUUUUGUUGUUUAAAUUUUUUAUAAAUGGCUGUUAUUUUAAAUUAUUGCUUUACUUGCGAAACUGCUCCAACAACAGAAACGAAUUUAUUCUCAGAAUUGAUGCGUAAACCAAAUUCGCCAACCUUAUUGAAAAUCCAAAUGCAUGAAAAUGAACCGCAAGAAGAAGUCAGCAAAAGUGCGAAAACAGUACAAACCGGCGUGGAAGAAAAGAAAACGAGUAAAAAAAGAUCAUUACGAAAAUUACCGCCUCCUAGGCGUUAUAGUUCUUCCUCCAGUAAUAGCAGUGAUAGUAGCAGUAGUAGUAGUUCCUCAUCAAAAAGUACUUACACCGAUCGUUCAGAAUCGGAUAAUUCAUCAACCACAGAUACUAGUGAUAAUUCUCAACUAAGUAAAAACAAAAAGAAAAUACCACCUGCCUUGCCAUCAAUAGAAUCGCAAAGUACUUCUCCUGUCUUAGUGGAUAAUCCUGAUGUUGUUUCUAAAGAAACCACUCCGCCUCCACCCUCGCCAGUUGAAGUUCCUUUGGAUCCACGUGUUUGGAAAGCCGAACACAUAGCCGGCUGGGUUAAAUGGAUGACUAAACAGUUUAAAAUUGAACCGGAACCAGAUAUUGCACGUUUUCCCACGACCGGUGCCGAACUUUGCACUCUUAGUCGAGCCGAAUUUUGGGUUUGUGCGGGGUCUCGUGAAGGGGGCAUUUUAUUUGCAAAACAUUUCGCGUUAACUCUGCACAGUGCAACGGGCAGAGAAACAAGUCCCAUGUUAAAUGACAAUGAACCGAAUCCAUACCAACUUUUAAAUGCCGCUUCACAUCGAUUGGUUGUUCAGGGUUCGGGGCAGAUACAAUUGUGGCAAUUUUUGCUUGAACUGCUUGGUGAUUCGUCGAAAAGUAAUUGCAUAUCAUGGGAAGGCACCAAUGGAGAGUUUAAAUUAAUCGACCCUGAUAUGGUGGCCAAAUUGUGGGGAGAGCGCAAAGCAAAACCAAAUAUGAACUAUGAUAAACUUAGUAGAGCUUUACGUUACUAUUAUGAUAAAAACAUAAUGACAAAAGUCCAUGGCAAACGUUAUGCAUAUAAAUUUGAUUUUCACGGCUUAAUGGCGGCUUGUCAGGCACAAGCUCAAGGAUGUGAUCCUACCACCAGUAUGGGCAUGUUAAAUCCUUAUAAAGUUCCUCCGCAUCAUCAUGCUCAUCACCAUCAACAUCAUCACUAUGCCGCUCAGCAUCACAGUUUACAUCAUUCUCAUCACCACCAUCAUCAUCCACCUGCCACUCUUCACUCGGAACACAUUUCACCAUCUUCGUCAGCUUCUAGUUUAAGUUUUCUGUCGCCGUCAACUGCGUCAAUGCCGUCGCCAAUAACGGAAGCUAUCCCAACAUCCUCUAGUAUGAUAAGUUCUUCUCCGCUCUUAAUAACAGGAUCUCAACAAGCCAAUCUAAUGACCACAACAAUGGCGCCAUCCACAUCCUCAUCAACAUCGGGAAUAGCAACGUCCACACCAUCAACUACGACAAGCACAACACCGCAAAGAAACACAUAUUGGUCUUACAGCAGUGGCACAAACUAUGAAUCAAGACCUCCCUCGGAUGCAUUUAAUUAAAUAAUUAAAAUGAAAUUUGUUAUUUUUACAAGCCUUCUUAUCUUAGCCAUAUUUAGACAAACAAUAGAAAGUUAAGCAACGACAAAAUAUUGCCAAUAUUAGUGCAACAUUCGCUCCAUGUCCGGUAUCCAUAUAAUCAACUACACACCCACACAGAUUUGUAUAAUACCACCCAUGGUGUAAUGUUUAUGGUCCUUUUUAUAUGUGAUAAAAAUUAAUUUGCUGUAAUUAUAAGAGCAUUAGACCCUUGUAAUUCCUGCAAAAAAUCAUUCUCUCCCUCUUUUACGUACGAAUAGGGGAGAAAAACAUUUAAUUUACAUUUCAUUUAGGAAUUGUAUGGUUGUACAUAUGUAUGUAUGCAAACUUAAUUAUUAGCACAUACUAUUAAAGUAUUAAAAUAAUAUGUUUAUAACUAACUGUUUUGUUGAAGAAUUUUUAGAUUUAAUGUAAUUUAUUUAUUUUGUAGUUAAUUAUUA